CUGCCUUACUACUUAUCUAUAAGUAACCAUUUUUAUUGAAAAAUAAAUAUGAAACGCCAUAACCAGCAAGCUGUUUGUUGUUGACGUUAAUGAACAAUGAAUUAAAGACACCUGUUUAAACAGUGGAGCAUUUUGGAAGUAAAUUUAAAUUACUGUUGCAACAUUCAGAUCAACUUGAUAACCAGAUCAAGUUAAGCCUUUUGAAAGAUUGACUUGUUAUUUUUUAUUACAAAAAUGAUUCUUUUAAUUUUCAUAGCCGCCCAAUUACUUUUUAUACAACAGAGUGCCUCACAAACAAUUCACGAGAGUGAUAUCAACUUCAGAGUGGAAGCUGGGUCAAGAACAUGUUUUUUCGAAAAAGGAAAAGCUGGUCAAAUGAUGGAAGCUUAUUACCAAGUAUUGGACGGCCAACACGGGGAUUUGGACAUCAUUUUCGAAAUCAUGGACCCUAACGGCGUUCAGCUGUUAUCGGAUUACAAGAAGUCGCAGAAUUCAAUUAUUAUGGAUUUGACGGCGGACGGAGAUUACGUGUUCUGUUUGGAUAACACGUACAGCAUGAUGAAUUCCAAGCUCGUGUUCGUGUAUGUGGUGAUCGAAGACAAAGUGACGGAGGAGAAUGCUGAAGGGAGUGGGGCGCCAGACGGUGAGGAGAAUAAGGAUUUGGAGGUGUUGGAGUGGAGCGGCGUGGACGCGGACGGCCAGCCAUACUACAUCGAGGUCGACCGCAUCGCCAAUUCGCUCACCACCACACUCCGGCACGUCGUCAAGGCCCGGCAGCUGCUCGAUAUGUACGGCGCGAUGAAGUCACGCGACAGUUACCUCGCCUUCGAGGACACUUUCAUUGUCGACAUGUGGUCAGGAUUCCAAAUAAGCUUCAUGCUCAUAGUCGGAACGCUCCAAGUUUACAUGAUUAAGAAAUUGUUUAACAAAUCUGCAGGCGCUAAAGAUAGCUACUAUUAAUUUUUUAAACCUUAAAAUACAAUUU